AUGCUGCAGCCGCGUGCUGCAGCAGCAAGGCGGCUGCUCUGGGCCCCCCACUUUGGAAGGAGCAGCAGCUGUUGCUGCAGCUGCAGCAGCAGCAGCAGCAACAGCAGCAGCAGCAGCAGCAGCAAAUGGAGGCCCUUCGGGGUGUCCGUUGCUGCUGCGGUCCCCGUGCCCCGCCGCGCAGCAGCAACCUGCUGCUCCAACCCUAGCAGCAGCAGCAGCAGCAGCAGCAGCUGCAGCAGCAGCAGCAGCAGCAGCAGACGGUUUAUAUCGUUCGACCUGCCAAGGCACCCCACACGAACUGCAUCUGCUGCUGACAGCCGUCGCCUCGAUGCCCCUUUAGCUGAUGCUGCUGCUGCUGCUGCACUGGAAGCAGCAGCAGCAGAAGAAGACCCCGACAGCAACAUGGCUGCCUUCACUGCUUCGCUGCCCUCAACAGCAGCAGCAGCAGCAGCAGCAGCAGCAGCAGCAGCAGCAGAUGAUAAGGUCAAGAUGCCGUAUUUGUUUAUUGACCCUGGAGGGGAGCGGAUCCCCGUGCUGCGGCACUGCAGCAUAGACCAAAGUGACGCAGCAGCAGCAGCAGCAGCAGCAGCAGCAGCAGCAACUGCAGCAGCAGCAACAAGUCAUGAAGCAGCAGCGCAGCAGGCCUCUGCGGAGGCAGAAGCCGGCUCUGAUUUGAGCAAGGGCUUCGCUGGAAUUGGGGUUGAGGACGUGGGCCGUUUUCGCUUAUUUUCUCGCGAGCGGCUGCUGCAGCUCUUGCCUGAGGGCUUCGCCGGUGAGAUGCACCGCGAUCUGCUGCUGAUCCCUUCCAGCUCUUCCCCCGUGGGAAUGAUGCUGCGAAAGACGGCGCUGGAGCUGCUGCUGCAGCUGCAGCACUUUGCUGACGUGCAGGAAGCCCUCUACGGCAGCAGCAGCAGCAGCAGCAGCAGCAGCAGCAGCAAGGCACCGCGGCAGCAGCAGCAGCAAGCUGUGGCCACUGCGCCGGCGGUGGAGAGAGGGUUUUUAAUCGACGGCCACAGAGGAGUCGGCAAGCAGCAGCAAGAUCCGCAGCCGCAUCCACAGCAGCAGCAGCAGCAGCAGCAGCAGCACCCACAGACACAGCAGCAGCACCUGCAGCCUCACCCACAGCAACAGCAGCAGCACUCCCAGCAGCAGCAGCAGCAGCACCCCCAGUCCCAGCAGCAGCAGCAGCAGCAGCAGCAGCCCCCCCAGCCCCAGCCCCAGCAGCAGCAGCAGCAGCAGCAGCAGCAGCAGCACCAGCAGCAGCAGCAGCAGCAGCAGCAGCAGCAGCAGCAGCAGCAGCAGCAGCAGCAGGUGGUUGUGCGUGCUGCUGCGUGCAGAGUUACGUGCUGA